UCUUUUCGCAAUCCUCUAAAAACCUUUCCAACCUUUCCGACGUAAAAAAAAAUCUCCCACACCAACCCUCCCCAUUACCUUCAACAUCAACAGCUUACCGUAAAUUCUGCCGACAUCUUCGCGCAGCAGUAUCGGAUUUGUCGCGCUGCUAUUCUCCAUAUUCCUACCGAUAAUAUUCAGCUUACCAUAAUAAUCCAGCCUACCCGCCCCGGAUUUUUCUAAAACUCGACGCUGUACCGGGACUGGGUUCCCACGCCGUAGUAGAGGUGCAAGCAAAGCUGUGGUGGUGCCAUUUGCUGUCGCAUCAAUUCAAUCACUCGACUCCCUCCCUUGGCCAUUUUCUUCCAUCAAUCAAUCGUCCAUCCAACCUGGAUUGCUUUUGAAAAGGGCCUCUUGAAAAGCAUCGACUAUUUUUUACCUAGAUUUGCCCCUUGACGGAUGUAACUCGUUAGGUCGCGACAAGAAAAUACAAGUAAUCACCCGAGAGCAAACCCAUCACUGCGCAACAAGAGAGACCCUCCUAAUACUUGGGUGACUUAUCGCGACUCUAUCGUAUUAUCAUUCCACAGGUGCCGCGAGCCUGUUCUCGUUGUACAUUGUGUGCUUGCGCGCUAUUCUCUCCAACCAAGUAUACCCAAACAGGAGAAUACUAUAGCAAUCAUGUCAUCGCCCGUAGCUGAGCUUGAGGCGGGCUUGAAUGCCAUGCAAAAUCUAAAGCCACCUGGAGUUACCAGAUCCCGUAUUGAAGCGUUGACAAGCUUAUGCGUCAACAGUGUUCAGUCCGAAUCCGUACUUAUUCAGAAAAUCUAUACACACUUCAAGAAAACCCCUGCGACUCACAAGUUAGGAGUGCUCUACGUUGUAGACUCGGUAACUCGCAGCUGGGUUGACCAGGCCAAGCAUCAAGGUCAACCUAUCAAUAGUUCUGCAAAAGAUGGAACCUACGCUGCCGGCGUGCAUAGAGUAACGGAAUUGCUUCCAGUCCUUAUGAAUGACAUUAUUCAGAACGCUCCCGGAGAACAAAAGGAGAAAAUUAAGAAGCUCAUUGACAUCUGGGAGAAAGGCCAAACAUUCCCUCAGGCCAUGAUCGAGUCAUUCAAGCAGAAGCUCAAUUCUGCACCAGCAAAGAACGAGUCUACCACACCCAUUGGUAGCCCCCCGCCGGGCCCUGGUCUACCAGGUUUGCCCGAGAGUAAGCCGUCAGCCACCGAGGCUCCGAAUGCAAUCAUGGAGGCCUUGGCCAAUAUUGCCCGACAAAAUGUUACAGCCGCGCCCGUUAACAACGCCGUCCCGGCUCCAGCCAGCACGUACAGCGUGCCACCACCACAAACGAGCACGAUUCAUUCGCCGGCUCUUCCUCUAGGUCACAACCAGCAACCGAUUGCUCCUUACUCAGCACCCCAGCAACCUGUAAACUUACCGGGAAUGCCCUACGCAUUCCCCCAGCCAGGUCAAAUCCAGGCUUCAACCCCUGUGCCUCCAGUAACUUCUAGUAACCCAACUCCUGGCUUCCCUGGUGUAGCACCGAGUGCCCCCGCGGCGUCUGUGCCUGGCAUGGAUCCCAGCGUCCAGCAACAGGUUAUGUUGAUCAAGCUUCUUGCCGAUCAAGGCGUCCCGUUUGAUAAAAUCCCCGCAAUCAUAGCCAGUAUGCAGGGAAAUAAUGGUGCCACUCCCACACCUGGUGCUGCGUCAGCAGCUGUACCUCCCGUUAGUCAGUCCCCGUAUGCUGGUUCCUGGGGUCAGGGGGGCUAUCCUCCUGUCGAAUCACGUGAACAUGACUAUCAACAAGUGAGAUCGCCGAAUAGAUAUCGCAAUAGGUCAAGAUCCCGUUCGCCCCCACGCCACUGGGAUGCACGCGAUCCUCAUGGUCGCUCCGACCGUGAAUAUGGUACCUAUGGUCGUAACUCUCCAGGCUUAGGACGUAUGGAUGACCGUGACCGCCGUAUGAGAGGUAACGAAUUCCGCCAGCGCAGCCCUGGACGCCGUGGCCGUAGUCCCAGCCCGGCGCAAGGCUUCCCUCACCCAGGCCCCAAAUGGGUUGAUUACGAUAGGACCAUUCCUCAGGGUCAUAUCAAAGUUCUAAGCAGGACCUUAUUCGUUGGCGGUGUCACAUGCCCCGAGAGUGAAUUACGCGCUGCCUUCAACCGUCAUGGUCAAGUGCAGACCUGCAUUGUCAACAAAGAUAAGCGUCACGCAUUUGUUAAGAUGGUUACGCGCCGAGAUGCCGUCACUGCAAAGGAAGCCAUGGAGAAUAGCACAUUUAGGACACGUUGGGGUGUAGGCUUCGGACCUCGUGAUUGCAGCGAUUACCAAACCGGUAUAAGUGUAAUCCCUAUCAGCAAAUUGACGGAGGCGGAUCGAAAGUGGAUGUUGACCGCUGAAUACGGCGGUAGUGGUGGCCGUCCCAUUGAGACAGGUCUGGUCGUCGAAGAACCAGAUAUCGAGAUUGGUGCCGGUGUUUCGUCAAAGGCCAUCAGUCGACGAAUGCAAACCGAUAAAGGAGGUAGACAUGGUCCCAAGUCUAGCCGUGGCCCUGGGGAGGACGAUGGUGAUCUUACCAGAUGGCGGCGAAACCGAGAUCCUCGUCACGAAGAUCUCCAAGAGGACAUUAACGGUAUUAAUAACGGACCCGCCAUUCCGUCCUUUCCUUUCGGAAUCGGAACUGGACCUAAUGGAAUGCCGGUCUUUCCUCCUGGAUUUGCCUUCCCUCCGCCGGCCUCCGAGUAGCGGCGACGAGGCUGAUCAGAGGUUAGGCAAAAAUAUGAUGAUUGGUCUUGAACGAUGGCUCCCAGAAGCUAUCGAGUUUGGAAGAAGUCAACAGUUCCCUUUGUCAUGAAGGGAGUGUCAUGGAUUAUUGGAGAGCAAAGCGAGGUCGUUUCUCGUAUCAUAAUCUGCGAGUAUCUUACGAAUCACGUUGCAUGAGCUGGCGUUGGGGCAUUUUGCGUUAAGACUGAUGGGACCUAGGAUCUCCGCAUUUAGCAACCGCGGGAUUCUUCUGCUCUAUCAACAUGACAUUACGCAUAUAGGACCUAUUUACAUUAUAUGUGGACGGGCCUUUUUGCGUUAGAGUCUACACGUUGCGUUCUGUUUUCCUUUUUGUUUUCAGCUUCCCCCCCAAUUCUGGUAUUGAUCUGCAUCUAGUACAGAGCAGGGCAGAUUGGCAUCUGUCCACGCUGCAGGUUGCAGGUUGCAUAAUGUAUAGUACCCCCAAAAAUCAGAGAUGGCGUUGAGGAUAGGAAGACAAAAAAAAGCAAGGGGGCGGCUAUUUCGAUGAUAACUUCUUACUUGGGGAGGUUCGGCAGCAUGUAGCAUGUAGCUUUAGAUAACUAUCAAUUAGUUAUUAUAACCAGACUUGUGUUU